CAUUCUAAAUUUGCCACAUUCGUGUUGCGCCAUACGUUUGUAAAUUAAACAUCGUUGAUUAUACUUUGUGCAUACCACCUUAAGUUAUUGUUGUCAUACGCAAGCAGGUCUGGGAUAUUGAAUAAAAUAUGAGCGACUUUCCAAGUUUCACAGCAACGUUAAGAUCGUUUGGCUCAAUUUCAAAGCAGACUGGACAACUUAACUUAAAUAAGAGAUCUGUACACGGCGAAUGUGAUGUAUGGAAAGAAUUACAAGCGAUAGUUCAAGUGAAAUGUAAAGAAAAAAGAAAGUUAAAUGAACUGAAGGCGUCACUAAGGGAGUUACUGGAAUUAGCAUCAGAUAUUGUUGGUGGUGAAGAAGAUAUCAAAUCAAAGCAUCUUGCUGCAACUCAAGUCUUCUUUAUUCUUUAUAAACUUGAUGAAGUGGAUACCAAAACACUUCAGGAAGUUAGACACACCAUUGGUCGCGUUGAUUUGAAAUCGUUGAACAAACACCACCAAGUGGUGAAAACAAUCUUGGAUCUAACACACGAUGGUGUACGUGAGCAAAUCGAAAAACUCGAAAAUGAUCAAAGUUCAAAUGAAUUUGGAAGAAAAAUAAAGUUUUCAAGUGAUCUUCCAGUGAUGGAGAUUUCUUACGACUUUGAUCGCAAAGAUCGGACGAACGGGGUUGAUAUCGCAGAAACAUUUCGCCAAAAACAUAAAGAUCUUACUCGGCCAAACAGUGUUGCGCAGUUAAAAACUGAAAAUCGAGUUUCUGCGAACACUGGUUUACCAUGGUUAAGAAGACAAAUGGAAUUGAAAUUUCAGUCAACUCAGUUAGUUGAACCAACAUUGGCUGUUUUGAAGUCAAGUCAAACUAAUGAACAAAUUCAAAAUGAGCUUUGCGAGCUUCUUGGCUUCGAACACUUAGACUUAAUAUCUGAAUUGCUUCAACGAAGAGAAAGUUUAGUUCAAGAUGAAAAACACUUGGCUGCAAUUAAUCAACAUAGAGGAAACUUCCACGUAAGGGAAACCCAGCAACAACAACCAACAUAUGGAGCUCAAAUAACUGUUCAGACCGACGCAGAAAAGCAAGUUGCAAAAGCGAUUCGAAGAGAAGAGAAAAAGGCAAAGAAACUUCUUAAAUCAAUGAUUCAGCAAAAUGAUGAAGAUGACUCUGACUUUUUACCAAGGAACAAGCCACUUCUUCUAACAUCCGAACCAACAUUUUCACUUCGAAAUAAUCUACGCUUGCCGGCUGCCGAGAAAUUUCCUGGAGUUUACGACGGUCAGACUGUUACCCAACAAAGUGCGGCAUUUGUUGGAGGUGUAAGGAUGGCGCUACCUGAAGGUGUUGACGUUAAAAAUACAAAAAGAUUUGAAGAAGUUUCGAUUCCUGCCACCAUUGGUUACGCUGGACAACCUUGGCCACUUGUUAAGAUCACUGAGUUGGACGAGAUCGGUCAAAUGGCGUUCAAUGGCAUCAAGAAAUUAAACACGAUUCAGUCUCGUGUGUUUGAAACUGCGUAUCGGACGAAUGAAAACUUGCUUAUUUGCGCGCCCACGGGUGCUGGGAAAACUAACGUAGCAAUGUUGAGUAUUGUUAAAGAGAUUAUUCAAAACGUGGAGAGCGGGGUUAUUCAACUUGAUAAGUUCAAGAUUGUAUACGUGGCACCAAUGAAAGCUCUCGCUGCAGAAAUGGCCGAGAAUUUUGGUCGCCGUCUUUCCCCACUAGGUGUCUCUGUACGUGAGCUAACAGGAGACAUGCAAUUAACGAAGAAGGAAAUACAAAGCACUCAGAUGUUAAUUACGACCCCUGAGAAAUGGGAUGUCGUUACUCGGAAGUCAACAAGUGAUGUUGCUCUUGCACGCCUUGUUCGUCUCCUCAUCAUUGAUGAAGUUCAUCUACUUCACGACGAGAGAGGUCCCGUGCUUGAAACACUCGUUGCAAGGACGCUGAGACAAGUUGAAACACAGCAAACUAUGAUUCGAAUUGUUGGACUUUCAGCUACUUUACCCAACUAUAUUGAUGUGGCAAGGUUUUUACGAGUUAACCCUUACGAAACUGUCGCGAAAAAUCUCCAAAAUAAUAACCAGGUUUUGGUGUUCGUUCAUGCACGUAACGCGACAGUACGUACUGCGCAAGCAAUUCUUGAACUCGCAAGGGAAAAUAAUGAAACGAGUUUAUUUGAUUGUCGGCAGAUGGAUGGAUUUAGUCAAGCAGAAAAACAGGUUCAAAGAUCACGUAAUAAAGAAGUUCGUGAACUUUUCAACUGGGGGUUGGGGGUUCACCACGCAGGGAUGUUACGUGCAGAUCGAACGAUGCUGGAAAAGUUAUUUGCAAAGGGUUUGAUUCGAGUUUUAUGUUGUACGGCAACUCUAGCUUGGGGUGUCAACCUACCAGCGCACGCAGUUGUUAUUAAAGGCACGCAAGUCUAUAACGCAAAGCAAGGAUCCUUCGUGGAUUUGGGAAUCUUAGAUGUUAUGCAGAUCUUUGGUCGAGCUGGCCGUCCACAGUUCGAUACAACUGGUGAAGGCACGAUUAUAACAACACAUAAUAAGUUGUCCCAUUAUCUUGCAUUACUUACACGACAACAUCCGAUUGAAAGUCAGUUCGUUGAUUGUUUGGUCGACAAUCUGAAUGCUGAGAUUUCGCUUGGUACGGUAAACACAGUCGAUGAUGGGGUAAGAUGGCUGUCGUACACUUAUCUAUUCGUGAGGCUGCGUAAAAAUCCACUUGUUUAUGGGAUAUCUGCUUUGCAGUUAGAGAAUGAUCCUACACUUUUCAAAUGGCAGCAUGAGUUAAUAGUAAUGGCUGCCAUGAAGCUGAACAAAGCUCAUAUGAUCAGAUAUGUGCAAAGAACAGGAUACUUUCACCCAACGGACCUAGGAAGAACUUCAUCGCACUUCUACAUCAAAUAUCGAUCGAUUGAAACUUUUAACGAACUUAUCAACUCGACAAUGGAUAUAUCGGCAAUCUUUUCAAUGAUCUCGAAAUCUCAUGAGUUCGAACAAAUUAAGGUACGCGAUGAUGAACUGACAGAGCUGGAUGACCUGAAAGAUGAUUUCUGUCACCUUCCUAUUAAAGCUGGUCCUGAGGACACGGAGGGGAAAGCCAACAUUCUCUUCCAGACGUUUAUCUCGCGUGGUGACGUGAGGAGCUUCUCGUUAUCAUCGGAUCUUAUGUACAUUGCUCAAAACGCAGGUCGUAUCGUUCGUGGAGUUUUUGAAAUUGUGUUGAAACAAGAUAGAGCUCGUUUGGCCGGACUGCUGCUCAAGUUAUGCAAAUCCGUCGAGCGUAGACUGUGGGCAGAGGACUCGCCACUUCGUCAGUUUGGACCUCGUCUUACCAACGACGUUCUUCGUAAAAUCGAAGAUAAAAAUUUGACGAUCGAGAAAAUUUUAGAUUCUUCUGCGAGUGAAAUUGGCCAUUUACUCCACCAUCCAAGAAUUGGUGAAAAAGUUCGUAAAUGCGCGCAAGAAAUACCGAGGGUUGAACUGGAGGUGACGAUUCAACCGAUCACGCGAACAAUACUUCGGAUUAAAGUCGUCAUGAAACCUGACUUUACUUGGAAUAAUAAUUCACACGGAAAUACAUCUGAAGCUUUUUGGAUUUGGGUUCAAGAUCCAGUAUCCGAUCAUAUGUAUCACAGUGAUUAUGUUUUGAUGCCUAAAAAGACGGUUGUCCGAGGUGAAGCAAUCAACCUUACUUUUACCAUUCCUCUUACUGAACCCCACCCCACUCAAUAUCUUGUUAAAGUUGAAUCUGAUCGAUGGUUUGGGGCGGGGACAGUUUGUCCAAUCACGUUCAAGCAUCUCAUUCUACCCGACCGACACCCACCCCACACUGAACUGACAGAUUUGGAGCCGUUGCCCAUAACUGCCCUUAAAGAUGAAAAGUUUGAAUCAGUUUAUAAUUUCAGUCAUUUUAAUCCGAUUCAAACCCAGAUAUUUCAUUGUAUUUACCAUCACGAUACAAAUGUUUUAAUUGGUGCUCCAACAGGUUCUGGUAAAACAGUCGCAGCAGAACUUGCGAUAUUUCGUAUGUUGCGAACGCAGCCUGGAGCCAAAGCAGUUUAUGUGGCUCCUCUAAAAGCUCUCGUCCGUGAAAGAAUGAAAGAUUGGGAAAAACGACUCAAACAUAAACUUGGCUUAAAACUUGUGGAGCUGACGGGUGACAUCGCGCCGGACAUGCGUGCCGUGGCACGUGCCGACGUCAUCAUUACAACCCCAGAGAAAUGGGACGGGGUAUCCCGUAGUUGGAACACAAGGGGUUAUGUUCGGAAAGUCUCGCUUCUUAUAAUUGAUGAGAUACAUUUGUUGGGUCAAGACAGGGGACCAGUGUUGGAAGUUAUUGUUUCGCGCACAAACUUUAUAUCUUCUCACACAGAGAAGGCAGUUCGUGUUGUUGGUCUCUCGACAGCUCUUGCUAACGCUAGAGACUUAGCUGACUGGCUGGGAAUUAAGCAGAUGGGUUUGUUCAAUUUCCGACCAUCGGUUCGUCCCGUUCCGAUGGAAGUUCACAUUCAAGGUUUCUCCGGGAAGCACUACUGCCCUCGUAUGGCCUCGAUGAACAAAACUUGUUUUCAAGCCAUACAAACGCACUCCCCCACCAAACCUGUCCUUAUAUUUGUAUCGUCACGACGACAGACACGGUUGACUGCACUUGACUUAAUAGCGCACCUCGGUGGCGAGAACGACCCAAAGCAAUGGAUGCACAUGGAUGAAUGGGAGAUGGAGGAGUUAACGCACAUGGUUCGCGAUCCAAACCUUCGUCUUACGCUUGCAUUUGGUAUCGGACUCCACCAUGCAGGACUCAUGGAGCGUGAUCGCUCUCUAGUGGAGAAACUAUUCUCGGAGCAAAAGAUUCAGUCGUUAAUUGCCACCUCGACCCUCGCAUGGGGGGUGAACUUACCCGCUCACCUCGUCAUCGUCAAGGGAACGGAAUAUUUCGACGGCAAACAAGGAAGAUACGAAGAUUUUCCCAUCACAGAUGUUUUACAAAUGAUGGGUCGUGCUGGUAGACCUCAAUAUGACGAUAAAGCUGUUGCUGUUAUUCUUGUUCACGAUGUAAAAAAAGCUUUUUAUAAAAAAUUUCUGUAUGAACCUUUUCCUGUUGAAUCAAGUUUAUUGCAGGUUAUAGACGACCAUUUAAAUGCGGAAAUAGUUGCCGGAACUAUCAGCAACAAACAAGAAGCCAUGGAUUACUUAACGUGGACUUAUUUCUUCAGGAGACUUCUCAUGAACCCAUCCUAUUAUGGGCUGGAUGAUACAGAUCAUGAUUGCGUGAAUUACUAUUUAUCCAAACUACUCGAGCGUAACAUCGUUGAGUUAAGAAUGUCAGGUUGUGUUGCUAUGGGCAACGACGACGAUGAUGUCAUGUUGGAAUCGACCAAUGGCGGAAGAAUUGCUUCGUUUUAUUACCUCAGUCAUCUAACAUUAAGAUUACUUAACGAAGACAUGAGACCUGAGAUGCCACUAGAUGACUUACUAAAGUUAUUGAGUGACGCACAGGAAUAUCAUGAGCUUCCUGUUCGACACAAUGAAGAUUCAAUUAACAGUGACUUGGCCAAAGAACUCCCGAUAAAAGUUGAUUGCAACACUUUUGAUUCGGCGCACACGAAAACUCUUCUACUUCUUGUCGCUCACUUCCAAAGAUCAUCUUUGCCUUCAACAGAUUACGCAACUGAUCUCAAAUCUGUGCUUGACCAAGCGAUUCGUGUCUUGCAGGCUUAUGUGGAUUACAGUGCUGAUGUCGGUUGGCUCUCUACCUCACUCCGGUGCAUGCAUAUUAUCCAGAUGGUGUCGCAAGCUAGUUGGUUCCAUGAAAAUAACUUGAUGACGUUACCCCACGUUGAACGCAACAAACUUUUCAUUUUUAAUAAUUUGAAGUUCAAAAAAGGAAAAGUCGAAAAUUUGCCACAGUUGUUAUCAGUUUACCAACAAUCACCUAAUGCAGUCAAUAAGAUUUUAAAACAAUAUUUCUCGGCUGAUGAAGUCAACAAGAUUUGUAAUCAUUUAUCUGCAUUACCAUUGGUUGGGUUGGAACUCAGUGUUAGAGGUUGGUGGGCUGAUCAUCCACAGUCUGAAGAUCAACGCAUCGUUGUUGAUGCUUAUGAUCGUUCAAUAAGAGACCAAAGCACUUGGUUAGUCGUUCAUGCAGACCAAGAAUAUUUUCUUUCAAUCAAGUUACAAAAAUCCACUAUUGGUGGACGGCAUAAAGAUGAUAAAGCAGUUACGCCCAGGUUUCCUAAACCUAAACUUGAAGGUUGGUUUCUUGUGCUUGGGGAUCGAGAGAACAGAGAACUAGUUGCAUUGAAGAGACUUAAUACUUUAAAACGAGAAACAACGGAAACGUUGUCAUUCUUUACACCCCAACGCGUUGGAAGGAUGAUUCUUACACUGUGGCUUGUGUCCGAUUCAUAUCUUGGUUUGGACCAAUUACGUGAUGUACGUCUUGACGUCAUAGCUUCAGAUAUUGCCUCACAGUCAAAUCAAGAAGUCAAAUGAUUCCGAUGAAAGUUUUAAUUUUUGUUGGGUGACAGGGGGUCUUCAGCGUGGUGUUUAAGAAGCUGAAUUGAAAUUCAUAUGUGUCUUUUAGGAUAAUUUUUGCUUAGGAAAAAAUCAUUUUCAAUAUGCACAGUGCUGCUAUGUAGAUUUAUUUAUGUUUUAUUUUUAAAAGUUCCAAUUUUGUGAAAUAUUUAUAUCCACAGCUGAAUUUUUAAGUCUAGGAGGUACCAUAGGCUUACAACCGGUGCAAAGGAAAAGAUCUUACCCCACAAUACUAUAUCUUUUAAAAAUAAAGGGUUCUAGCUUAAAUUUAUCUCUUAUUAAAACAUUGGUAAAUGGUAAUAUGGCAGUUCUUAUCUUUUAUUUAAAUUAUCCAUUUCUUGCUAUUGUUAGUUAGUAAUAAAUAUUCUUUUUGUGUAAUUCCCAGUAAAAGUACAUCUUUAAUUGUUGUUUAUUUAUUGUGGAAUAAAUGACCUUAUCUGCUUA